UACGUUUAUUUCCACUACUCAACCUUACGAGGACUAUCACAGCACAGUUAAACGAGAUGUUUCGGCGGUAGAUUCAACUACCAAAAUGGGAUCUUUAAUCCUUGAACCGUUAAAUGAUUCUGUCAUUUCGGCCGGGGUUCCGAAAAUAGUCCCCCAGUUUUCGGAUCUCAGUUUCAAUCCAAACAACAUCGAUCACGAGGAUGAUGUCGUCGAAUUAGAUGAUCUUGCUGGAGAAAAUGAAGCCACAGAUUUUGAUACAAGUUUUGGUAAAAAUGAUUCCAAAGUCGUUUUUGAAGUUAUUCGUCACAUCACCACUCUGCCUACUACAACAGAAGUUUUUCUUAAACCAGUUAGUCUAGGAAAGCAUCCAGUGUUUGUUACGCAAAGAUGCACUGAAGAGGAAAUGUUAUGCGAUAGCGGGGAAUGUGUCCCUUCUAACAGUCGUUGUAAUAUGAGAAGGGACUGCAAAGAUAAUUCUGACGAAAAGAAUUGCACUUGCUCUGAUCUGCUAAAAGUUAUGGGCCAGUCCCAAAAGCUAUGUGAUGGAGUGGAAGAUUGCCAAGAUCGAAGUGAUGAACAAAACUGUCCUUGGUGCGAAGAAGGCCAAUUUAUUUGUCCUCAAAAUAAGUUUUGCGUGGAUCGCCAUCGUGUAUGUGAUGGGCACAAUGAUUGUCCCCAGGGAGAAGACGAAAGAUAUUGCGUUAAGCUGGCUGAAUCGGCAAAGGACGCAGAAGGACUUUACUAUCGCCGGCAAGGAUACCUGAUGGUCCGGAAGGAAGGCAUGUGGGGCAAACUCUGCAUCGACACCUUGCAAGAUACUCCAGCCUUGAGGUGGAAGUUAGACGAACUAGGAAAAGCCGUUUGCAGUGCUCUCACUUACAAGAAUAUGACAGAUUCUCGAAGAAUGAAGGAUGCGGAAACUGAAGUUGAUUCUUAUUUUGAAUUGUCCAGUGAAACUCCACAGCAGAAAAAAAGGUCUAGUGCAAUAUUUCAACCAUCAAAAUGUGAAAAUAGGGAUGUUCUGAAAGUCAGUUGUGGAUCAUUAGAAUGUGGACUUCGUCCAAUGGCUAACCAUGUUCGGCGCCGAAUCGUAGGAGGGCAGACGACGGCCAGCGGGUCCUGGCCUUGGCAGGUGGCCCUUUACAAAGAAGGCGAUUUCCAGUGUGGAGCUGUGCUCAUAUCAGACACCUGGCUGGUGACAGCGGCCCACUGUUUUUAUAGCACACAAGACGCUCAUUGGACUGCUCGACUGGGUCUACUACGGAGAGGAUCGGAGUUACCAUCUCCAUCUGAGCAAAUCCGGCGAAUAGUUCGGAUUAUUCUGAACCCGCAUUACAUCGACCAAGGCUUCAUCAAUGAUAUUGCACUUCUCAAAAUGGAUGCUCCAAUACAAUUCAGCGACUACCUUCGUCCUGUAUGCCUGCCAUCGGAGAGCGAAGACGCUGGUCUGUGGCAUGGCAAGCAGUGCUCGGUGGUGGGCUGGGGAAAGCUGUACGAGAUAGGACACACCUUUCCCGACAGCCUACAAGAGGUUCGGCUUCCAGUGAUCUCGACGGAGGAGUGUCGCAAGAAGAUCUUGUUCCUCACCAUGUAUCACAUCACGGACAACAUGUUUUGCGCGGGAUAUGAGCGAGGCGGUAGGGAUGCGUGCCUGGGUGACUCGGGUGGACCAUUAAUGUGCCAAAGAGAUGACGGUCGUUGGAUCCUCCUAGGAGUAACCAGCAAUGGCGACGGAUGUGGGCGACCAGGACGCCCUGGAGUUUACACCAAAGUUGCUCAAUACCUUGCUUGGAUUAGAGAGACUAUAGAAUUGCCACAUCCCGAUAAGGACUUCGAAGAUACUUGUGAUGGAGUUCGUUGCAAGUUAGGAAGGUGUGUCCCACAGUACAAGAUCUGUGAUGGAAGGUGGGAUUGUUCGGAAGGACUGGAUGAAGACAACUGCGGAGAUUAGCUCUGUAGUUUGUGGGCCUUGUUUGGAUAUUCAAGUGCAUUGGCGGCUCUUGAAUGGGCACCCGAUUUUUGCUCAUUUCAAUGUGAUUAGUGUCUGUACUUCAAAUGUUCAUGAACAUUUGAAAUUAUUUUAAUGUGUUUUAUGCGUCCUUUUAAGAAUGUAAUGAUACUGACAUUUCAUUCCGUCACAUUUCUUUUAAGACAUUGACAAGUGCUUUUGUGUGGAGUUGAAGAGAGCUGGUAAUUCAAAAGGAACGGAUAAUCAUUGCUCAAACUGUUCUUGCUUCAAACUUUACAAUACAAAACAAUGUGGGAUGUCAGACGCCAUGUUGCAUGCUUUGUGCGUUCUUUUAGUAAAACUUUUUACAAAAUCAGUGCCAGGGUUCAAGAAGGAUGAAACACUGAAAUCUUUUAGACUGGUUUUAAAGCAUUCCAAUCAUGUAGACUUUUUAUCAAUUUUUCCUAGAUUUCUGCUAAAAUGGUGAUAGUUCAACAGGAAUCACUGGAUUUUUUUAUUUGUACCAAAAUGUGAUGUCAUCAAAGCAAUACUGUAAGCAUGAUUUUAUGUAUUUUUAUGCAAACACUUUAUUUAUUUCCUUAUUUAUUUAUUACGAGAAUUGAAAUUUGCCGAAAUGCUUCUCUUGUGCUUACAAUAUUGUUUCUUAAUAAAUUCUAUUUUAUGCCA